AUGGCGCAGGAGAGGCGGGACGGGCCCAGGCCAACCGUGCGCGCCCUGCCGACUGUAGACACCUCGCUGGGGGAGCUCGACGUCGAGGACGAACCGCACGGAUAUGACUUCGACGGUCUCAAGCAGGACCUCGAGGAGUUCCGCGACCACCCCAUCUUGCAGGCAGUGCUGGCGCAGGGCUGCGACGUGGGGACGUUCGCCGCGGAGGUGGACGCGAAACUAGGCGCCGCCGAAGCCCAGAACAUUGAAGACUACAUCAGCGAGGCCGGCAACCUCGCGGACCUGCACCGGCGCAUCCGCGUGUGCGACGGCGUCCUCGCGAAGAUGGAGGCCGAGCUCGGGGCGUUCCAGACCGGCCUCGGCGCUCUCUCGACCAACAUCCGCGCCCUGCAAGAUCAGUCCUCCUCCCUGACGCAUCGCGUGGACAACCGCCGGAAAGCCGCCGCCGCGCUCGGGGACGCCCUGCACGACCUCGUGGUACCCCCGGACCUCAUCACGGCCAUCAUGCGCGGCGACGUGGACGGCGGAGCGCACCCGGCGCCUGCAGGGCCCAGCGGUGGGGGGCCGCUGACGUUCGCGGCGGCGCUCGAGGAGCUCGACGCGAAGCUGGCGUUCGUGCGGACUGCGCGCGGGCGCGAGGCGGCGGCGCGGCAGGACGUGGAGCCGGAGCUGGAGCGGCUGCGGACGCGCGCCGUAGCGCGGGCGCGCGAGGUGCUGCUGUCGCGGUUCGCGGGGCUGCGGAGGCCGCGGACGAACAUUCAGAUCCUGCAGCAGUCGACGCUGCUGCCGCUCAAGGGGCUCGUGUCGUUCCUGCGGCAGCACGGCGCGGAGGCGUUCCCGGAGGUGCGGUCGUUCUACGUGUCGACCGUGGGGCGCACACUGUCGCAACACUUCCGGGCGUAUCUCGCCGGGAUGGACAAGAUCGAGUCCGUCUCCGCCACGCACAACGACCUUCUCGGAUCCGUGCGCUCCGAGGCCUCGGGGGGGGGUGUCCACGGGGGGGUAUUCAGCUACAUGGAGGGUCUCUUUGGCGGGCGCAGCGCGGCGGCAACGGGCGGGCUGGGCGCCGGGGCGUACGGCGGCGGCGCCGCGCACAGCGGGCAGGCGAGCGGCGGCGCGCUCGGCCCCGGCGUGCGCCCCGGCGCCUUCACGCUGGGCUCGCGCGGCGACGUGCUGCGGCACCUCGACGCACCCGCGUUGAUCCCCCACGUCGAGAAGGCGCGCGGCGCGACGCACGCGAUCGAGAACAUCUUCCGGAGCGUGCAGCGCGUGCUGAUGGACACGGCGUCCGCGGAGCUCUCGUUCUGCCGCGUGAUGUUCGCGGGGGCGGGGGAGUUUAGGGAGUUGUUCCAGGAGGCCCUGACAACAGUGCACCGGUGGCUCGAGACGCGGCUGGCGGCGUGCCACGACACGCUGGCCGUCCUGAUCAUGAUCCGCGUGUCGUUCGAGCACGGCCAGCGCAUGGAGAAGCGCGGCAUCGACGUGCUGGACGCGCACUUCCUGCGCUGCGAGAUGGUGCUGUGGCCGCGCCUCAAGGCGCUCCUGGACGAGCACGUCACGUCGCUGUACGACGCGCCCGACGCGCAGCUCCACACCGCCGAGCCGCAGCCGCACUUCGUCACGCGCCGCUACGCGGAGCUCACGGCGUCGCUGCUCCUGUUGAGCGCCGCGUACGAGGACCAGCAGAUCGAGCUGAGCCUCGACCGGCUGAAGAGCGCGUACCUCGACCUCCUCGCGCGCAUCCAGGGCCGCUACCCCUCCCGGAAGGACGCCCUCGUCUUCCGAAUCAACAACCUUGAUCUGGUAUCUGUGGUUCUGGCCGAGGCCGGGUCUGCCGCGGGCGCGGGCGACCGGCACGACGUGGACGACGCCGGCGCGAGCGGGGGCGGGCCGCGGCGGCUCGGCGCGUACGGGGAGGGGCUGCGGCGGUGGUUUGAGGAGCAGGUGGAUGAUGCUGCAGCAGCCUUCCGGGACGGGGCGCUGCAGGAGCACUUCAGGCCGCUGGUGGCGGUGGGGCGGGAGGUGGCGGAGGCGGGGACGGAGGCUGGGGGCGCGGUGGGGCUUGGGGCGGCGCGGGGGGCGUUGGAGGCGUUUGGGGGGAGUUGGCGGGGGGGUCUCGCGGAGGUGCGGAAAGAGACGCUGCGGAGGUUCCCGUCGCUGGUGCGCGGAAACGCGGUGCUGAAGGCAGUGGUGUCGGAGCUGCUGGUGGUGUACAGCAGGGUGCUGGAGCACGCGCGGUCGCUCGGUCCGGACGGAGAGGCAGUUGCGAACAACGCCGUCGCAGUGCCCACGAUCAUGUACGAAAUCCGGCAGCUCACAGUCGCGAUGUGA